AUGGACUCAGCUCGUCAUAGAGUCUCGGGCUGCAGUCGACAUGAUGAAGAACCCAAAAGAAAUACAACUACUGCUAACCACGCAAUUAUUAGGCUGGGAUGGGGUGUUCUCUGCGUUGCUGGUGGCGGCGCCUAUUAUUUUGCGAAAAGAUCAAUCAAUGCAGACCGAGCCUCCCGCCAUGAAGCAGACAUGAAGAGAAAAGCACGAUUUCAGAAUCUUGAGCCGGUUGCGCCUGUCGACAAUUCGCUGAGAACCAAAAGGAAAAAAUCGCCCACGAAUGGGGAAGGCCAGGAUCAUGUCGGGAGUCCAAGUGCCGAGGCGAGUGAAGAUGCAGCACCAGUGGGACACGCGCCGGAGACGGAGCAACAGCAGAUCAGGGAGAGGAGUAAAUACGAGGCAGCAGAGCCGUAUAGAAGUCGAAAAGGCGAUCGAUUUAGCUGA